CUCUCGUCUUCUACAACCCUCUCGCCCUCACUCGGAAAUCACCCGCAACGUGCGCAUUUCUACAUUUUAUCUACUUCAUACAGAAGGUCCUGACGCCACAUAGCACACCGCAACUCAUCCUACCGCCACUGUCACCACCCCUCCUAUCUACAUCAUGGCCGACGACGCCGCCGCCGCGUCCACCGAUGACACCCAACUUACCUUCAAUAUCAAGUCUGCCAACGACCAGAAGUUUGUCGUGACCGUUCCCGCUAACUCUACCGUCGCCGAUCUGAAGACGAAGCUCUCCACUUCCGAAUUCGCAGACAUCCCCGCAGAGCGGCAACGUCUGAUAUACUCCGGCCGCGUGUUGAAGGAUCAUGACACUCUUUCAGGCGUCAAGAUCAAGGACGGCCACACAGUCCACCUAGUCAAGGGAGCAGCCAGCAACGCACGCCAGAAUCCCGCAAAUCAAGGCACCGGAAGCGCCAGCGCAAGUGGUACUCCUGCACCACAAGUUCCAACAAACAUCGCCGCCGGCACAGGCAACAGCACAUUAGCAGGCUUGACCGGAGCACGUUAUGCUGGGUUCCACGGCCUACCCGGCGCUGAUUCCUUCGGUCCCGAUGGUGGUCUCGGUCCUCCUCCCGACCCGGACCAGCUUCUGCAGAUGAUGGACAACCCAAUGUUCCUCUCGCAAAUGAAUGAAGCCAUGAAUAACCCUGCCGUGAUCGAGAUGAUGGCACAGAAUCCGAUGAUUCGCAACAAUCCAAUGAUGGCCGAGAUGAUCCGCAACCCCGAGAUGCGAAGGAUGAUGUUCAACCCUGAAAUGAUGAGAAUGCAACUACGCAUGCAACAAGCGAUGGGAGGUGGUGGUGGACAGCGCUUCACUGCUCCAGGAGCUACAGACAACACCCCACAAGCUGGAGCAACAAACACAGGGAACAGUACCGCCACACCGAACCAGCAAAACCCAGCUCAAGACCCCUUAGCAGGUCUCUUCGGAGCUGCAGGAGGUGCUGGCGGUGCCGGUGGAGCUGGCGCAAAUCCAUUCGCAAACCUCUUCGGACCUGGUGCUUUUGCGCCCCAACAACAGAACCAAAACAACUCUGGUACCACUGGCGCUGCUACGGGCACAACACAGGGUGCGGAAGGCACUCGAGAUAACGCAACAUCGCCUCCUCCCAACCCGUUCGGAAACCUGUUCGGAGCACCUCCUUCUGGUGGCCAGCCAAAUCCGAUCGCUGAAAUGACGGCGCAGUUGAUGCAGGAUCCGGAAGCCAUGCGAGCCGCAAUGAACAUGUUUGGUCAAAUGAACGGAGGAAACAGCCAGCCCGCAUUCAAUCCUUUCGGUGCUGCUCCAGGCUCUAACCCUUCACCUAGAGCAACUGGUGGAGCGGCUGGCGCUGGCAGCCAAGCACCUAACCCUUUCGCAGCCCUGUUUGGCCCAGGUGGCGGUUUUGGCACACCACCACCUCAAGACAGCAGACCGCCAGAGGAGGUUUAUGAGAUACAGCUACGACAACUUAAUGAGAUGGGCUUCUUCGAAUUCGAUAGGAAUGUUUCGGCAUUGCGGAGAAGCGGUGGCAACGUGCAGGGAGCUAUUGAGUUCCUCUUGAGCGGGGAUGUUUAGGAUAGGAUGGAUUGGUUGAGUACAAAUGAACGCCACAGGUAGUGGAAGGAAGUAAGCCGUCGGUCGAGAUUAUAGAUCGCGAAUACUUGCCACCUACCCGUGAUUUCUCUCUCAAGCCGAGACGUUUGAGAGCAUUGGAGUUGAUGGUUUGAGGUUUUAUAAGAUACACCCGAAUUGUCGCUUGCCUUGGGCAGCAGCCAUCUAAUACCGGAAGUGUAAUUGAAAUCCAGGUGUUCGGCUCACUCAUUGAGUUCAUUACAAAGUCGUGCUGUAAAUUAAGGCAAAGGUUUUUUUGUACAUGCGUUGCGCAACGGCCACUUCAUAAAGGACCUUACUGAAUUGUAAUAAUGGGUUUACUAUGCAGUAGA